AUGGUGCACAUCGCUGGAGCCGAGACGGCACGGGCCAUGUGGGAGCAGCUUCGCACAGUCAAGGAACAGCGUGGACAGCAUGGAAUUCUCGUGCUGUGCCGGCGUUUUUACCGGAUGCAAGCCAAGGAAGAAGAUAAUAACUCCAGUCACAUUACACAGCUACGACAGAUCCAGGAACAACUCCACCUAAUGGGGAAGGUUGUUUCUGACGAGGAUUUCCGGCUCAUUCUGGCUACCUCAUUACCGGAGAGCUGGGACUCUUUCCUCAGCUCUUACUUUGGUGCCGUGGGCGGCAAUGUUGGCGCCGAAGGUGCUGACAACGUGCGCCCUCAGCUUACAUCACAAGAAUUGAUUGCCAUCAUUCUUAAUGAAAAUAAGCGAAGGCACGAGCGUGGCGAGCGCGGUCAAUCCUCGGACCAAGCCAUGGUUGCCAAAGGAAAGAAGCGCCCCUUUGGGGAAUACAAAAAAUGUUCGAUCUGCAGAAAGCCGGGACAUCUUGGUAACGAGUGUCGGCACCGCGACAAGGUCAAAUGUAUGAAUUGCGGAAAAUUCGGGCAUAAGGCCACGGAUUGUUGGGCUAAAGGCAGUGGCAAAGCCAGACAGGGCCCGCCGAUGAAACGACAAAAGAUGGAACGUGCUUACGAAGUGCGCGAGGUCGAAUCGAAAGAGGAUGAGGCAAAAAUAGCCUAUGAUAAUGAUAGCGACACUGUAUCUCUCGGAUCUGAUGGUGAAAUCGCUUCUUUCUAUGAGUGGUUUGCCGACUCCGGGACAACUUUGCACAUUACAAAUCAUCGUGAAGUCUUCGCGACCUAUCAGGCGCUCGAAGAUCACGCGAUCACGGGCAUCGGACCACAACCAACGCAGGCAUUGGGCCGCGGUACGGUCGAUGUCGAAAGUAAAGUAGGAGACCGGAAAGUGAAAUUCCGUCUCCACGGUGUACUGUAUGCGCCGACAGCACCCAAUAACCUCCUCUCCAUCACGCGUUUGGACGACGCGGGAGGAAGAGUACUUAUGGGUAAUAGUCGCGCAAUACUAAUAGAUAAAAAUAAACACACUCUUGCUAUAGGCAAGAAAAAUGGACGACUAUAUUCAUUGAAAUUGCGUCCAAUAGUUCCGCAACCUGCGCGAACCUAUACUGCUAAGGAAUACAGCCCGCAUACCUGA